GUUUCGUUAAACUCUUGUGAGAUUUGAUUGAAACGAGAAAUGAGUGCCGAAGUGAUCGCUGGACUGAAGCUGACUGCGGCUCAGCGCAAGAAUGGUGCGAAUGGGAGGAACCCGAAGUGCGCCCGAUGUCGGAAUCACGGCCAAGUCGUGCCUCUCAAAGGCCACAAAAGGAAGUGUAGGCAUAAGCACUGCACGUGUGAAAAAUGCAUACUAAUUGCCGAGAAACAGAAGAUUAUGUCCGCGCAGAUUUCACUCAGAAGAGAACAACAACAACAGGAAGACGAGACUCACAAUGAGUUAGAAGAGCUUCCCGAAGGAGGGGCCCCAGCAGCAGGUCCACGAGGUCUAGGAGGAGGCCCGGGAGGAGGGCCGUCAAAUUCCUCGACCGACUCGAACCAAACCAAUGCACAACCAAAGAGUGCCAAAAGUAGAGACAAAGCACAGGACGUCAUAGACAUAGACGUGGACUCCGACUUUGAAGAUGACGAUGACAUGGAUUCCAACUCCUUCUCGAAUCCCAAUUCUAACUCUUCUGACAGCGCCGAUUCUGGUUCAGACUCCGAUGAAAGUAAGACCCAAAAAAAAGUGGGGAAACUGAAGAAACUUUUGGAGAAAAGGGGUUUAGUUCCCAAUGACUGCGUCUAUUACUUAUUGUCUACUAUUUUGUACGACAAUAACAAGAAUGUUAAGAAAUCCGCUCAAAAGAUAUUCAAA